AUGUCGGGCCGCGGCAAGGGAGGCAAGGGUCUGGGCAAGGGCGGCGCGAAGCGCCACCGCAAGGUGCUCCGCGACAACAUCCAGGGCAUCACGAAGCCGGCGAUCCGGAGGCUGGCGCGCAGGGGCGGCGUGAAGCGCAUCUCCGGGCUCAUCUACGAGGAGACCCGCGGCGUGCUCAAGAUCUUCCUCGAGAACGUCAUCCGCGACGCCGUCACCUACACGGAGCACGCCCGCCGCAAGACUGUCACCGCCAUGGACGUCGUCUACGCGCUCAAGCGCCAGGGCCGCACCCUCUACGGCUUCGGCGGCUAG